CCGGCUGCUUUUGAGUCACGUCAACGAAGCCAAACAGGGCUUAGUUUGCACUGUUGUCACCAUAGCCUGGACACAUACUAGCGCGAAUAUCUGCAUUAGGUCUUCAUUUACAGAUUGUAUGAUACUGUCAAAGUUGAAAAACAUUAAUAUGCCAUACUAGAAAAGUGAUCUGAAAUUUGCACACACUACAACCUUUUUGAUUGACGCUAUCGUAAGAUCUGUCAAAUUUUGUACAGUCAGUGCACACAGGCCCGUGCUAAGCCAAGGCAAUGCGACGCCAAAAAAAGGUCACUUAAAUGAGGAAUUCAAGUAAUCAAGUAAUGUCACAAACCAACUGGAAGGGGUUUGCAGACAUUGAUCUCAACCUCAUGAUGCAGCAAACCUUGUGCGUAGAACUCGACCCUGUUGUGUCUGCAGCGCAGAUUCAGUGAUAAGGUCUACUUUGUUAUUGUUUGCAGAUUUUUAAAUUACUGUAUUAUUCAAAGAGGCCCCUUCUGCCCCCCGCCCCCAAAUGCUUUGUAGAAUGCACGCAUAAUUGUCUAUUAUUAGCUGUUCUUGCAGCAGGGUAUUGCAACACGUUUAUGGGAUGUAGGUUUUUAUUUAUCUAUAACCCAAAGAGAAAUGAAGCUAAUUUUUACACUAAACAGUGAAGUUUACUUCUAUUCAUGUUUCACAAAGUCACUAAAAUGAAUUGACCCCCUGCCUCAUGAGUCAUGACACAGGAUGAUACAUCAGUAUCAUGACUUAUGAGUUGAAAACUCUCUUCUGAUCAAGCGUAAUUUACUUUUAUCGAAUCAAUUUGAAACCAAGUAAAAUGGGAAUACAGUAAUCCAAUCCUUGAAACUAGUGCUGCAAAGAUUAAUCGAUUAACUCGAGUAUUAGAAAAAAAUAUUCGAAUUAAAUUUUGUUGCCUCGAGUGUUCGUUUAAUUGAAGUGGCGUUGGAAUGGUUUAUUUUGAAAGUGUUUGCAUUUAGUUUUGUUGAUUAGGGUGGAUACACUGCCCUCCGGUCUGCCUCUUUUCACAUGGCUGAAUCCAACUGCUCCCUGUUAAGUUAGCCUUUUUUGUGCUAAUAUGUGUCUGAACCAUUUGUUUAGCGCAUUGUAAAAAAAAAAAAAAACUUUAGCAUUUUAUAGCAUUUAACUCAUUUGCUCCCGGAACCGUAUAAAUACGUUCUAUUUCCAAAUGCUUCAGUGUCCCGAUUACGUAUUUAUACGUCUUUUGCGUUUUUUUGUACAUGAAGCAUCUAGAGCUUUCGAUCUAUCGCCAAAACAAAAAACAAGCCUCAAAACCCAUUUUAAAGCAAUAAAACUGGCCACUUGAGGGCAGUAGCGCAUUUGUUAAGAGCCCACAACUCAAUUCAAACAGUACAACUUUAUUAGGGAAGCUAGCAGAGCCCCUCCGCAGCUUGCUGCUCAUGUCCACCGCACGCUCGAGGGUCCUGCACGGAAACGCGCACGGCCAAACCAGUUCCCCCCCAGGAACAUAAGUUCCCCUGGUGAACGAGACAGUGGUCACCACAAAAAAAGACUUUAAAAAAAAUCCAUCUUUACGAGACAGUCGGCAAUGAGGGAAAAGUUUAACCGCUGUCGCAGCCACCAAACGUCAUCUCUCAGUUAGGGUGGUUUUAAAGCCUGCAGCUCUGAAAACCUGCUCUACUGAUGUGGGCACAGAUUCAUGGAUUUUGUAGCCUGAUUCUUAGCCAGACAGUUUAUGAGGUGGGGGCGCAAGAACCACGACCUAUGCUCCACCUAAUGACGAAGGAAAUCUGCAAAUAGCUGGUUUCCAGUGAAUCCAGCCUUUCAAAUGAAGAGCCUUCAGUUCCGCAGCAUCGCCCCCAAGGCCCCAGUCAUUGUGCCUUCCCCAUCUUCUGCAGUCCUAUCUUGUCAACUUCCCCCUUCCCUUCCGGAAGCUAGUAGUGGCUCUAGCCCUAAAUCCAUUGUUGUGCCAACCCAAAACUAUGCACUGAUGCAAAUAGCUGGUCAGGAUGGCACAUUUUCUCUGGUGGCACUGCCCCCUUCUGUCUCCCAAACAACACAGCAACAACAACAACCUCAACAGACCCAUUCCAUCCAAAAUAAUCCUAAACUGCCCAUCCCCAGAUACAAGCCGAUGAGGAGUGUUGUGACCCCCGAUAAGGUUAAACUACGCCCAGUUGCUCGAAGGGUGAACACAGCCACUGGGGAGACUUCAACAGCACAGUUAAAAACUCUGGUGAGCAGCACGUCAACAUUGAUCAAGAAAAAGAAAGAGGAGUGCGCCGUUACUCAAAUUCAGAAGCUAAAACAGGAAACAUCAGAGCAGGUCAUUUUUAUAGACCCGGCCCAUUCGGAAAUCUCUGUCCCUGCCCUGCUACCGGAAAAUGCAGUCCUGGGCCCAGGAUCCCAGUUAGAGCAAGCUCCAGUAAAAGCUGAAGAACCUGGAGCAACAAGCAUUCAAAAUCCAUGUCAGACUCUCCCAACUGCUCUCAAAACCUGCCCAGUGAAAUCCCUUGAGCAAAGUGGUGCUAUGAUGAGGAUAUGCCAAUCUAAGCCUGCAUCAGCUCAGCCUCAAAACAGCAUUGCUGUUAUCUCUCCAGCCAUCUUUAGCAAAGCAGUCCAGAUUAUCCCUUCAGCUCCUAAGGGUAAACUGCCCAUCCUACCUUACUCUAAAAUGAAGAACACACUUAUUCCAGCUGCUAAACUCAACAUGACCCAAGAUAAGAAGGGUUGCUUGAAUCAAUCAGGUCCCAUGAGUCCCAAAGAGCCUACAUCUUCAUUUCAUGAAACAUCUGAAGCUCUGACGCCAAACUCAUCUCGUCAGCCCCAGAAUAAGAACUCGCUCAUCCCACUGUUGGGCAACCUUCAAAAGAUGCCAGGAAAGAAAAGGGGAAGAAAGAGAAAGACGAUGGAAGACAUCUUAGCAUAUGAGGCCAGAAAGAAAAGGUCAUUGUCCUUUUUUCGUAGAAGGGUCCCUGAAAAACCACUUAUUGUUAUAUCGGGUUCCAAACAAAAAGAAGUUGACAUUUCCAAAAAGUAUCGUAGCAUUCAGCCCAAACCAGUGUUGGUGAUGGAGACAGUUCCCCAGUUACUUAGUUUGCCUGCCUGUACUUUAGAUGGUCAAGAACCUGAACUCUUACCAAGUCAUCAGCUCCCCACUCCCAAAGCAACGAUGGACCAAGAUCGUCCUCCACAACACUCUCCCGUCACUUUACAUCUGAGCGGUACAGCCCAUUCCAGAAUUUUAGUUGCCAGCCGCUAUAUCUAUCGUUGUCCCACCUGCAGCCGCUGCUUCCAGUUCAAGCAACAUCUCCAGAGUCACAUGAACAGUCACACCAACAGUCGACCAUAUGCCUGCCCAGUGUGCCGCAAAGCGUAUGCACAUUCUGGGAGCCUGAGCACCCAUAUGAAGGUUCACCAUUCAGAAGCCCGAUCUCGUCGGUCUCUAAGAUGCGAGUUCUGCGAAAAGGCUUUUGGAUAUGUGGGUGUUUAUUUCAGUCAUCUGCGAGAGGUGCACAAGGUCUUGCUUACAGUGGAGCCAUCCAUAAAACAUGAGGAGAGCGUGGCUGUUGACGGUGAAAAUUCAGAACCAUCAAAUGAAGAGGAUCAUAAAGAGUCUGUGGAGCUGCAGAUUAAAUGUGGCCGCUGCCAAGUGGCAACCUCCAGUUUUGCUGACAUGAAGAUGCACCUUCUGUAUGUUCAUGGGGAGGAGGUCCAGGUCCAUCUACAGGGCGAUCAACCAUUGCCAGGUGGGCAUAAUGCUGAAAAAGAGCUGGUGAAACACGCUGCACAUUACUGGCGACAGCUCAACAAAAAGCGCAGCCUUGUCAAGUGUGGAAACUGUGACGAGGAGUUCUUGUCUUUUGCGAAACUCAAGAGGCACAUUAUGUUCCACCACUGUGGAAGUGAAGGGGAGGACAGGGAGCCUGUCCAGACAUCAGCUGCCGUUGGAUGCAAUGGAGUACUUGCAGUAGGUUCUGCCUUUAACUGUGUGCUUUGCAGCAAAAUGUUCGAUACUAAAGAAGGUGUUCUGGCGCACUGGAGGGGUUACCACCACUGUGAGCAACCCAGUUUACUGUGGGCUGCCUUGAGCGCCUACUCUGGCAUGGAAGACGAUGACUGUAAUCUGGAAUCUCCUGAUUCAAAUCCUCUUUAGCCUGCCCAUCUAGCUCAUUUACUAGGGCUUGUCAUAGUCAUACAGUUCUUGCUAUUAUAAAGCCAGGGAUUUAGUGUUUUCAUAUUUCCAAACUCACACCCCCACUCCUAAAAAUAUAUAUAUUUGGAGGACAUCCAUUUUGGGGGGUUCCUCUGUUCUUAAUCAUCAGGUCAAAGAUGCCACAUUUAUAAACAAUGUACUAGUUCAGUUUAUGUUGCACUGUUUUGUUUUGUUUUGUUUUAAUUUUAUUUAAUGCUUAUUUAAAUAGUCUUUCAAAAGUAAAACCAUUAAAAGUAUCAUACAGCGGUAGGAAAAAGUAUAUGAACCUUUUGAAAUAUCUCACAUUUCUGCAUAAAAUCACCAAAUGUGAUCUGAUCUUUGUCAAAAUCACACAGAUGAAAAAAAACAGUGCUUUAACUAAAACCACCCAAACAUUUAUAGGUUUUCAUAUUUAAAUGAGGUUAGCAUGCAAACACUGACCAAAGGGGGGAAAAUAAGUAAGUGAAGUUUUUGCCUAAGGAGACUUAAAGAACAAUUGAAACCAAUUUUUACCAAACAAUUUAAGUCAGCUGUGUGCCCAUGCACAAUCACUGUGGACAGGGCAGCUUUAAUCAUCAAUAAAACACACACCUGGUAAGAAUUGUCUUGAUGAGAAGCACUGUCUGAUGUACAUCAUGGCGCUGUCAAAAGAGCUGUCUGAAUACCUGCGGUCAAGGAUUGUUGAUUUGUAUAAAGCUCGGUAAGGAUACAAAACCAUCUCUAAAAGUCUGGAUCUGGAUCAGUCAACAGUCAGAGAAGUUGUUUACAAAUGGAGAGAGUUUGGCAUUGUUGCUUCUCUCCCAAGGAGUGGCCGUCCAUCAAAGGUGACACCAAGAGUUCAGCCCAGGAUAUUCGGAGAGGUAAAAAAGAACCCUAGAGUGUCUGCUAAAGACUUCAUUGGCACAGUCCAAUAUCUUUGUGCACACAUCAACAAUAUGUCAAACUGUGGCAGAGAUUGGUGCCCAUGGGAGGAAGCCACUGCUGUCUAAAAAAAACAUUUUGCUCGUUUAAUGUUCGUAAAAAGGCACUUGGACCUCCACAAAAGUUUUGGCAAAAUAUUUUGUGGGAUGAUAAAACCAAAGUUGAAUUGUUUGGGAGUAACACACAUCAUGUGUGGAAGAAAAACAGCUCAUCAACAUCAACACCUCAUCCCCACCGUGAAGCAUGGUGGAGGGAGCAUCAUGAUUUUAGGCUGUUUUGCUGUCUCAGGGUUCACUUACUUAUUUCCCCCCCUUCUGUCAUUGUUUGCAUACUAUCCUCCUUAAAAUAUGAAACCUAUAAAUGUGUGACAGUUUUUUCAUCUGUGUGAUUUUGACAAAGAUUAGAUCACAUUUGAUGGUGAUUUUAUGCAGAAAUGUGAGAAAUUCCAAAAGGUUCAGAUACUUUUUCAAACCACUGUAAAAUUAUAUUUCUGCAUAAAAUGAUUGUAGUGGUAAACUUGCUUGUAGUUUUGUUCCAAAUUGCCUGGAACAUCUGCAUCCAAACUGUUGCAUUCACAUUCUUAAAUAAUAAAUGUUCAUAAUAACUCAAAUGAAGUAUAUAUUCUAUAGUUAUACAACUGCACCUUAUUCCACACUUGGCACCAGGUUAUUCUAUAGGUUCAUUUGGGGAAAACACCUUUUUUUCCUGUGCAUUUACAAUAUUACAACAAUCCCCAAAACUGUUUGCAGGGUGCGAUUCCCUCAAUGGGAAGUUUUAAAUGGAAUUUUUGUCAUAUGUAUAAAUUGAGGGGUAUAAGUAGAGUAGCUAAGAAAUUAUCUACACUGGAAGACCAUUUGUUUGGCUUGGAGUCAUACAGGUAAAAUGCCAUCAGAAUCUAUGGAAAUACAGUGCUGCUCAAAAGUUUGUGAACCCCCUCAACAUUUUGGAAUUUUCUAUUAUUUCAACCUGAUUUCCUAAUCAAUCAAUUCAGUAGUUUUUUUUUUUGUUUUUUUAACAGUUGUGUUGUCGAGACUAAAUUAAAAAGAGUUUUCAUCAACUGAUGUAGGUGCAAAAUUGAACUGUUUGGUCACAACCAAAACCGCCAUGUCUGGCGAAAAGUCAACACUGCAUACCACCAAAAGAACCUUCUCCCAACAGUGAAGCAUGGAGGUGGGAAUGUCAAGAUCUGGGCUUGCUUUUCAUCCUCAGGACCUGGACAGCUCCACAUAGUCCAGGGAAUCAUGAAUUCUGAGGAAUAUUGUCAAAUCCUAGAACAUAACCUGACGCCAUCUGUUUUGAAGUUAAAGCUUGGCAGAAGGUGGAUCAUGCAACAUGAUAAUGAUCCAAAGCAUUCCAGCAAUACAACCAAGGAAUGGCUGAAAAAGAAGAAGAUUCGUGUUCUGGACUGGCCCAGUCAAAGUCCUGACCUAAAUCCCAUUGAAAUGCUGUGGCGGGACCUGAAGCGAGCAGUUCAUGCCAGACGCCCAUCAAACCUCUCUCAACUGACUGCGUUCUGCAAGGAAGAAUGGGCAAAAAUCCCCCAAAGUAGAUGUGAGAGGCUGAUUAGUCACUACAGAAACCGUUUGGUUGAGGUAAUCUCUGCAAAAGGAGGCGCAAUAUCCUAUUAACUGAAGGGGUUCACAUACUUUUGCACACAUGAUAUCUGAGUUUUUCUUAAAUCAACCACAUUUGUUAAAUAAAGAAUGACAAUAUAACUAUUUCUUUUGUUUCAGUCCAUUAUUUGGAAUGUCAGUAUUGUGGAUUUGGGUAUAACUUAACAUUUAAUAAGGUUAUUUUUUUUUUUUUUACAAAAAAUCUGACCAUCGCUCUGGGGUUCACAAACUUUCGAGCAGCACUGUAUAUUGUUAAAGUAAUGAAAAACAAGAAGUUAGCGGUUGGGAUCAUACAUAGGAGUUUCGGAGAAACACAGGAGGGAUAAUUAUAAAAGUAUAAUAAUUACAAGGUCUUAACCCUUAGAUGCACAAGUUACUGGACCCUACACUAUUCCAUAAGUGGGUCAAAAAUGACCCAUAUUUGAACCAAAGUGUUUGUAUGCCAUUUUGGUGAAGAAUAAUCACUUGUAUAUUAAUUAGUAGGGUUGUUCCGAUCAUGUUUUUUUUCUCCCGAUCAGAUCCCAAUCGUUUUAGUUUGAGUAUCUGCCAAUCCCGAUAUUUCCCGAUCAGACUGCUUUUUUUUUGCUCCCGAUUCAAUUCCAAUCAUUCCCGAUCAUUUUCUCCGAUCAUAUGCAUUUUGGCAAUGCAUUAAGAAAAAAAUGAAUAAAACUCGGACGAAUAUAGACAUUCAACAUAUAGUACAUAAGUACUGUAUUUGUUUAAUAUGACAAUAAAUCCUGAAGAUGGCAUUUACAUUAUUAACAUUCUUUCUGUGAGAGGGAUCCACGGAUAGAAAGACUUGUAAUUCUAAAAGGAUAAAUGUGACUGUAUAUUGUGACUAAAUAUUGCCAUCUAGUGUAUUUGUUGAGCUUUCAGUCAAUGAUACUGUAGCCAUUUAACUGUUUUGCCCAAAUGCAUGAUGGAAAGUCCAACCAUGACUUUGCGUAGCGGCACCAAUUGAUAUAUCUUCUCUGCGUUGGGAAAUAAGGGAGGGUGUUAAGAUCAUCUACUACCGUGCUUCCCCACAUUGCUUCCCACGAUAUUUCUAAUUGUUGAGAGAGGGAUCGUAAGGCUUUAGCCAAUUAAAAAAAGGCUCCAAAGACUGCCAAAAUUCACUCUACUCAUUUUACGCUGCCUUUAAGCUCUAUAUAUAGGUAAAUCGGUGCCAUUAUAGAUUGAACGCGACAACGCGUGAGUAGGUCGUGCAGCGCAUGCGUUAAUUGGGUUAAAUAUUUUAACGUGAUUAAUUUUUUAAAAAAUUAAUUACCGCCGUUAACGCGAUAAAUUUGAUAGCCCUACUUUAAGCCAAAACUAAAGACUGGAUGAGUGUAAGACAUUUGGUCUGUAAGGUUAAAUACAAUUAGAAAACAAUUUAAUUAAAAAAUAUAUAUAUUUAAAAAAUGCAUGUCCGAUAUUUUUUUGCCGAUUCCGAUACUUUGAAAAUGACGUGAUCGGACCCGAUCGAUCGGGACAUCUUUAUUAAUUAGUUAUAUUUAGGGCCACACAAGCAUGAUUUCAUGCUUGAAAUAUCUUUAUGAUUCAAUUAACAUUUUUUGAAAAAAAAAAGAACAGCAAGAUACUUUAUCCUUCCUUGUAUUUUAUCAUAAAUGAUGAAGAGCUCCCAUGUAUAUUUUUGGUGAGAAAGCGGUGCUAAGCCCUUGUGGAGGUACUGACCGAUAUCUGAGGAUAUUGUGGCUCUGUGUUCUGCCCUGGGUGGGAGGUAAUUCUCUCUAGUAAGAGCCCUACAAACUCAUUCUGUUGGCCAUGACUUGGACACUUUCUUCUUCAGAGGACACAAAAGUGGAAUUUUAUGAGUCAGGUUGAUCCUGUUCAGUUGGAUUUCCAGGUGGACAACUGACACUGCCACCUGGACAAUAGUCUGGGUCCUCAUCAAUAGAAAUUUCGAACACUUGAGUCGAACCCCGUCACUGCCUCUCCAUCAUCCAACAUCUGUAGGACCAUUUCAGCUGUAAAUCUAGCAGCUAUGACAUUUUGGAUAAGGAAAGAUAAGAGUAGUGUUUUCAAUAGCUCAAUAUGUAGCUGUAUGAAUAAAUACACACACACACACACACACCAUAUAUAUAA